AUGGCCGGUCAAACAAUACAAGAUAGACUGCUGGCUGCCCGACACAGUUUAGCAGGACAAGGUCUGGCAAAAUCCGUGUGCAAGGCCACCACCGAAGAGCUGAUCGGACCGAAAAAGAAGCACUUGGACUAUUUGAUACACUGUACUAAUGAACCAAAUGUGUCAAUCCCUCAACUAGCCAAUCUAUUAAUUGAACGGUCACAAAAUGCUAGUUGGGUGGUAGUAUUUAAAUCAUUAAUCACGGUUCAUCAUUUAAUGUGUUAUGGAAACGAGAGAUUUACACAGUAUUUGGCAUCCAGCAAUAGUUCCUUUCAACUUAGCAAUUUUUUGGAUAAAAGCAGUUUACAAGGACCCGUCGGAGUACGAUCUGGUUAUGAUAUGUCACCAUUUAUUCGACGUUAUUCAAAAUACUUAAAUGAAAAAGCUUUAUCGUAUCGUACAGUGGCAUUUGAUUUUUGUAAAGUUAAAAGAAGCAAAGAAGAUGGAGUAUUACGCACUAUGAAUUCAGAAAAGUUGUUGAAGACAUUACCAGUUUUACAGUCACAACUUGAUGCAUUACUUGAAUUUGAUUGUUCUGCUGCUGAUCUCACUAAUGGUGUUAUUAAUAUGGCAUUCAUGUUGUUAUUUCGUGAUCUGAUCCGAUUGUUUGCUGGUUAUAAUGAUAGUAUCAUUAAUCUUUUAGAAAAAUAUUUUGAUAUGAACAAAAAGCAAUGCCGGGAUGCCUUAGAUUUAUAUAAAAAGUUUCUUAUUAGAAUGGAUCGUGUAGGAGAAUUUCUCAAAGUUGCAGAAAAUGUUGGAAUUGACAAGGGUGAAAUACCCGAUCUUACUAAAGCCCCGAGUAGCUUAUUGGAUGCAUUAGAACAACAUUUAGCUUCUAUUGAAGGCAAAAAAUCAGCAGCAAACACGCCCACACAAGCAACGAGCACUCAUCGGACAGAUGUAAAGACUGGUGUAUCUGCCCUUUCUUCCACUAGCAGCUCUUUUGGAACAAUUGCCCAACAAGCGGAUGGAGUUGAGGAGUCAUUGAAGCAAGCAGUUUUGGCUGAAGAAGAAGCUGUUUUAAACCAAUACAAGGCCAAAGUCAACAGUCCUGUGAAUGGUACAAUCGCUUCAGUCAACAAUCCAUUUUUAGUUUCAUCUGAGCCUAUUGUAGACUUGUUUUCAUGUCCAGCUCCGGCUACACAGACGUCAACGAAAGCUUCAGAUGAUUUACUUCAAUUAAGUAAUCCAUUUGCUGACAUGUUUUCCACUCCAAUGACAGGAUCACAAACAAAUGCCACAAAUGAUAUGUCUACUCCUCUUGCUAAUAACUGGAUGAAAUCCAACCAAUCAUGUCCUGCUCCCACUGCUACAGGUGCAUCUGAUUCAGGUAAUAAAAAGGUAUUAACUGGAGAUUUAGAUAGCAGUUUAGCAUCAUUAGCAGAAAAUCUUACUAUCAAUAAAGUUACACAACCGCCGCCAGUUCAAUGGAAUUCCCCUAAAAAUACUCCAAAACCUGGUAAUGGUCAACCAGGGAUGGGCUGGAGCCCUCAGCCUAUGGCCGCUACAACUGGUGCAAAUUAUCGACCAAUGGGUCAAGGAAUGAUGUCCAACCCUUCACCAUUUGUAUCAACAUAUGGUCCAAUGGGUGUACAACCCAGCUGUAUUGGUGGUAGUGCAGUAGGUGGUGGUAAUCUUGGAAUGACUGCUCCUUCCAGUACUCAGAGCUCUCAGCCACAGCCUGUCUUAGAUCCUUUUGGUUUAUAA